GAGGGAAAAGAAGAGAGAAAGAACCGAACAGUCACCUGAUCACUUUUCCUCGGGGGCUCGGUCACUCGCCUGUGUCCGGCGCGCUAGAGAUUCUGACACUGUCAGUAAUCACGGUCUCCCGAAUAUCCGCGUCUGUCAAUCUGUAAGACGUGACUCUCUUUCCCGGGGCCGUGUAGCUGGCGGCGCCACGCAUAACCCGCUGGGUUUGAUGAAGACCAGAGAAGUAUGCUUUCCAUUGAACUUCACACCAUCAUUUGUCAUAGAGAAUGUCCUUAACUGAUAAUAGUAUGAAUUUUGCAUAUGAAUCUUCAGUACACAGUACCAAUAUUCUUUUGAGCCUCAAUGAUCAAAGGAAAAGAGAUCUUCUUUGUGAUGUCACUGUCCUAGUGGAAGAUCAGCAAUUUCGUGCUCAUCGUUGUGUGCUUGCGGCAUGCAGCAGUUACUUUCUUUCAAGAAUUGCUGGCCAAUCAGACACAGAUCUUAUCAUUACUCUUCCAGAAGAGGUGACAGUUAAAGGAUUUAGUCCUUUAAUUCAGUUUGCCUAUACAGCUGAGCUUAUUUUAAAUAAAGACAAUGUGGAUGACGUAUACAAAUGUGUUGAAUUUUUAGGCAUGCAUAACAUUGAAGAAUCCUGUUUUCAGUUCCUCAGACUUAAAUUUUUGAACUCUACAGCAGACCAGCAAGAAUACCUAAACAAAAAAUAUUUUACAUCACAUUGUCAGAAAACCAAUAUUAAAAUUUCAUUAUUGGAUCAAGGAGAUCCAGAAAUAAAUGAAGUAGAAGAACUUUUAGAAAAUGAACAUGUUGAAACUCCUCACUUUAAACUUCAUACAUGUAAAGAAAAUGUAAAAAUAUCACCUCCUCUUCAAGAUAGUGCCAACCAAACAUAUAAGUCAUGCACAGAAAAGGAAGGUGUUCUUGGUUUGCCAUCUUUAGGUCCAAAGUACAGGAAAUUCCAGAAAGCUUUUGGAACAGAUAGAGUUCAUACUUUGGAAUCCAGUGUUAAAGACAAUCAAACAUCUACAUUUGUUUCUGUUCAGCCAAAUGAAUUAUCUGAAAAUGAAGAUAUAGAAACCCAAGAUUGUACAGAUUUACAGAUGAUUUUAAAACACGAAGACAGUCAAAUAGAAAUGGAUGAUGAAGAAGCAAAAGGAAAAAAAAAUUCAUGUCAGGAUUCUGUGGCAAAAGCAGAGGUGACACAAUUUACCCCAGAUCCUCCUGUGACACCCCAAGGAUUUUAUUCUCUUUCCCUCUUGCACACAUAUGAACAAUAUGGUGAUUUAAAUCUUACAAGUAUGCAGAAUGUAACUAUGGUAUCUGAAGACCCUUUGACUGGUACAGAUAUGAGGGCUGAUAAAACAGUUACUGAAAAUCAAGCUCUACCUUUGAAAUCUGCUUCAGGCCAAAGAGAUGACAGACCUGUGUCAACAAAUGAUCGAAGCAGUGUGGAAAGGGAAGUGGCAGAGCACUUAGCAAAAGGUUUUUGGAGUGACCUUUGCAAUACAGAUACUAAUUGUCAAAUUCAGCUUUCACCUGCCGUAGAAAAAGAUUGUUCAGAACAUGUAUUUUCACAAAAAAGAUCAGAAUGUCCCUGGUUAGGUAUCAGAAUCAGUGAGAGUCCUGAACAGUGUCAAAGAACUUUUACUACAUUGAAUUCUGUGAGCUGCCCAUUUAUAAAUACUCUUAAUACUGAAGAAUGUACAAAUAAUUUGGAAAUAGAAAGUGAUGAUUUUGUUCCAGAACCACAGCAAGAGCCUUGCCCAUAUGCAUGCGUGAUUAGCCUGGAAGAUGAUUCUGAAACAGAUACAGAAGGGGACAGUGAAUCUUACUCAGCCAGAGAACAAGAGUGUGAGGUUAAACUGCCAUUCAAUGCACAAAGAAUCAUUUCACUUUCUCGAAAUGAUUUUCAAUCCAUGCUGAAAAUGCAUAAGUUGACUCCAGAACAGCUGGAUUGUAUACAUGAUAUUCGAAGACGAAGUAAAAAUAGAAUUGCUGCACAACGUUGUCGUAAAAGAAAACUUGACUGCAUUCAGAAUCUUGAGUUAGAAAUUGAGAAAUUGCAAAAGGAGAAGGAGAGUUUAUUAAAAGAAAGAGAUCAUAUUUUAUCAACACUGGGUGAAACAAAGCAGAACCUAACUGGACUUUGCCAGCAGGUAUGCAAAGAAGCAGCUUUAAGUCAUGAACAAAUCCAGAUACUUGCAAAGUACUCUGCCUCAGAUUGCCCACUUACCUUGUUAAUUUCUGAAAAAGAAAAACUUACUCCUGACUCUAAACCUGUGCUCCCAUCAUGUAUGGCUUUACCUCAUGGACUUCCAAAUAUUCCAUUGGCCACAGAACAAAGUUCUCCUUAUCCAUGUGUAAGAGAAACAAAUGAUUCACUACAGGAACAGCAGCAAGACUCAUAUCAGAACUCUCCACGAACUUCAUCAUUGCUUGUAAGACAGUGUUAUCAGAGUGGCGGCAUCACAGAUUUCUGUCAGGUGACUGGUAAAUGCACUGCCGAUGAUUGAAACUAUAUUUUAUUUUCUUUCUGCCAUUUACUUCUAUAAUCAAGUUUUUUUAUAUUAACAUGAAACUCUAACAUAGAUUCCAUACAUUGGUUUCUGCUAAGUUUGCUGUUAAGCAUGUUUCUGUUAAGUUGAUCUUAUUAUCCUUAUGACCUUCAGGAGAAAACCACAGAUAUGUUUUAUCAGAAAGCUUUUUGAAUUGGAUGAAAAAUUACAUUUAAGAAUAUGGCAAAUCUUUUUAAAAUCAUAUAUGAAGAUAGUUGUUAAUACUGUCCUCUAUUUAAAGUAAAACUUGAAGUGAAAGUCUAGUUCAGUUUGAGAAAGUCUGGUACCUUUUUUUUUUUUCCAAGUUUAAAAACAUUUCAGAUAAUCAGCAAACAUUAAAUGCCUACUGUGUUCUAGGCAUUGUGCUAAGUUCUGGAAAUACAAGGGAGGGAAAAGGCAAUUCAUGCCCUCAAGAAGUUUACAGUCUACUGGAAAGAUAACAUGCAAACGACUAUGUACAAAUAAGAUAUAGAUAGGAUAUGUUUUGGGUAACUUUGGAAGGAACACACUAGUGUCAAGGAGUAGUAGAAAAGGCUUCUUGAAGAAAGUAGCAUUUUUAGCUGAGACUAAUCUUAGGAAGCCAGGAGGAGGAGAUGAAACAGAAUAAAAUUCUAAUGAAAAUUCAGAGAUACUGUGAGAUAAAGAGUAUCUUGUAUGAGAAACAAAAUAGGAAGGAGGCCAAUAUCACAAAAUCAAAGAAUAUGUGGAGGGAAAGUAAGGACACUUGGAAAUUUUUAAAUCCUACAUAUUUUUAAAUUUAAUAUUAAAAAAACCUUUCCCCUUCCUAUCAGUAAAUAGAUGGAAGAAUGCCUAUUUUAGGGAAAACUUGGCAGAUGGGGUAGAGGCCUCCCAAUUUGAGCACAUUAGGAAAUAACUUUUCUAUGAAUUAAGCAUGACAUUCUAUUAAAGAUUUCUGCUAAUAUAGAAAAGCUAAAUAAUCAAGUAAAAUAUUAAUUUAUUAACAACCAAUUUAUGAAUCUUUUGGGGCAUAUUACAUGACACCACUACUGAGAUACAUUUUCAAGUUUGAGGUUUAAAGUUUUCCCCUGAAUUAAAUUAUUACAAGUUUUUCAUUUUUAUUGAUAAAGAAAACUAAAAAGGGGAAGGGAAUUUACAAGAAUUCCCCAGACAUGUCUUCAUCAACAAACAUUUAUUAAGCAACAUGUUUUCCUGGCAUUCUGGGACAUAUUUGUUGAAAAGCACUAAUCAGUAAAGCACUAAAAAUUUGAAUAGCAUGAAACAAUUAAAUUUCAUAGAAAAUUAAAAUUUCUCAAUAGGGUUGUAUCCACUUGCCAUAGUACAAAGGCACAAACAGAUACCUUAACCUGAAUGUUUUUAUAAAGUUUUAUAUUUUAAUUUGGUGUGUAAAGUGUUUUUAAAUUUUUUGGCAAAGAUUUAGUUGCUAAGGAUAUUGCAGUGAAAAGCUAACCACAAUAAGCUAGUCCUUGGAGUGGCUGAUUCCAUUAUUGGAUUUAUCUUAUAUCCUUAAAAUGAUUUAUCAUGAAAAAUAUUUAGUAGGCCUGAAAAAUUAAUUCAUAGUGUAUUGAAUGACCAUAAAAAUCUACUUGCUAUAUUUUAUAUUGGGACCAAUCUUAAUAUUUGGAAAUUUUAAAAAUUUUAAUUUUCUCCUCUUUUUUGAUGUGGGAAAAUUCUCUAGCAUUUUGAUCCUUAUAAAUUAUAGAUGCUGUAACAAGGUAAAUUAGGUUUUGGUUUAUUCUCUAUAGGCUUGAAAAAAAACAUUUGAAAUGAUCUGGAAAAAUAGCAUUUUUAUAAUUGUAAAUCACAUUUUUAGAUUAAAACAAAAUUGUAUAUAAAUAAUGUCAUGCAGUCAUUUCUUUUUAUUUCAUUCUUGAUUUUUCAGCUUUGCACAAUAGUGUAAACUUUUUUUCCGAUUUGCAAAAUAUCAACACUUAUAUAAGCCAGUGGCUAGAAUCUUUGAUUCCCUACCUCAUUAUACACAUAAAUAUUUUUCAUAUCAGCAUGUGUAUAUGCAAAAAUGUCAAAUGAUCUGCCCUUAUUGCUACUGUUAAGUAUUAGCAGGUUGUUCAGUAUUUUAUGACAAAGCCUCAUUGUCACCAGGAUUAAAAAAUAAUUUCAUAGCACUGGGUUUUAAGUCUGCAUAUUCAAAUAUGUAACUAAACCAGCCUGAGGAAUCCUUUUCUAAGUUUUGGCCAAUAAUUAAAAUGUUUAUUUCUUGAUAUUGAAUAUUAUUCCUUAUAACCAGCAUGAAUACAAAUAACUACACUACCUCAUAUGCAAGUGAUUGUCAAGUUAUAAAACAGAUGUGCAGAGAAUAUUUUAAAGAAUUUUUAAACAUUUUUGCUUUUCCCAUUCAUGAGGUGGGGAAGUUUUUAUUCUGUAUAUUGCAUAGAUUAUGCACGCAACAGAAUCACAGUAUAAUACAACAGAUACCUUGACCAGCAUUUGCAGUUCUUCACAAUUUGUUAGGAUUAUAUUCAUUGUAUAUGAUAUGCAAAAUCAUUUGUCUUAUCCUUCUGUACUUUGCCCAGUGUUUCAUGUCUUAUGUAAUUUUCUGAAAACAGUUACUUAAAUAUAGUCUUAAUUUGUAUUACAUUAUUUUUCAGACUUUUAAAAAAUCAUUUUAAUACUAAUGGCAAAACUAUGUGCUACUCAGAACUAAUGUGAAUACCAUUUCUGUGCUAAAUAUUUUUUUAUUUUUAAAAACAUUUGUUAAAAGAUUAAUGUUCAAUCAUCUACAUUUUAGUAAUUAGAAACAUUUAAUGCAGUAAGAAUAAAGAUUGCAUAUAAAUUCUGAGUUAUGUUAUCAAUUUGGAGGAAAACAUGGCAAUAUUAUAAAUUCUCAGGUGAACUUUUUUUAAUCAUUAAACAUGUAUUUGAACUUGUGUUAUAAGUGUUAAUGCAUGUAAUAAACCAUAUUUUGAAACUUUUUGGGUAAAAUGUAAACUUAGCCAUAACAAUUAAAAGAUUGGUAUACGGAUUAUAAAAUCUGAAACAAUAAUGUCUUUGUAUCUUUUAUCAUCUUUUUAAUGUAACAAAAUCAUUAUCCUUAAUAAUAAGGCAAGAUCUUGUUAAAGUUAUAAUUCUGUAAUAUUUAAGUUGCACCUUUUUUACCAUGCUAAUUUUUAAUCCCAUGUUGGUUAAAAAUAGCCAAACCACAAGGCAUUAGUUUCUUUGCUCCUUGGUAAUAAAUUUGCUGUUGAAUAAAUACCCUAAAAUUUAUUUAACAAUUAA